AUGGCCGCCCCUCCAUUUCAAAUGCGCGUUCCUGCGCACUAUCUCUCCGCCUAUGUGGAUAUCCGGCGCCUGAAGAAGAAGCUGGAAAGUCUUGUACAGCGAGCGCAACGCCAGCGAGCGACUGUGCGACGGCGCCUUGACAUCCUACAAAGGCCUCGAAUGCUUCCCUAUGGCAGAGCUCAGAAACCAACGUCACCAGCUGCUGCAGGAGAGCAUCAAGAUGUGGACUCGCCAGCUUCCUUGUCUGCCUCAACAGACCCUUCGCACACCCACUUUUUGCCCUCUGCAGCUGCGGCAGCUGCCCGAGCUGAUGAUGGAAUGGCGGGAUCCAGUCUGAGGGCCGAGGCAGAAACACUGUCUCUGCUACCAGGCGUAAGCAGCUGUAGUACAUUGACUCUUUGGAAGCAGUGGGAGGGCAUUGGCCUGUAUAGCAUUACUCACAGGCGUAAGCAGCUGAGGGGAAACAGCUGGCGUCCGCAGCAUGGAAGCCGCCUGACUCAUUUAUCCGGGCCACAACAAAAUAUUGGAUCAGACCGGAAAACAUUACAGGGAAACAGCGUGUGGAGUGCGGCUUUGCAUCAAGUUCAUACUUGUCUACAGGUGCGGGCUCAGUGCCUGAUUGUGCGUCAUUUGCCAUUUCUGGUAUUUGGGACGUCAGAUAAGGAAUUGGAGGCUUCACUUUUAGGUCCAAGGAGUGCCUUGGAGAAGCUCCAGCAGCGUGCUUCUAAUCUUGCACCAACACAGAUGGUAGCGUCAGUAUAUUUUGACAGUGCAAAUGCGUACAGCUACGAGCGCCGCAUAAGGCGUUUCGAAGGCGCGCAGCUGCUGCGGUUUCGUUGGUACGGCACCAAUAACAACGGCCCAGAUGAAGACAUAUUCAUUGAGCGGAAAACACAUCAUGAAUCUUGGAGUGGCCUGAGCAGCACGAAAGAACGCUUCGUCGUGCCGCAGAGACUGGUCGCGCCUUACAUGCUCCUGCAGAGAAAAGCACGGGACUUAUUGCUGGAGGCCUCUGGCUUUGAGCCACCAGAAACUGAUGGCGGCCAGAGCCCUGGAGAUCCUACUGUCUCAAGUGCAGCAGAGUCAUCAAAGCCUGAUUCAGUCGACCGUGUGGCUAUUGACGCUGCGGGGAUUGGCGCGUCGGAGUAUAUCGCGAAAAAUUGCAAAUUAAAAAAGGCAAUCGAGCUGGGAGAGGAAAUACAAGAAGAAAUUGCAGAGCAUCAGCUUCAACCAAUGGUGCGCAUUUCUUUGGACACUAAUUUGUGCAUGGUCAACGAGUACAGGCCUCAAAGACAGGAAUAUGGAGGUUUCAACUGGUGUCGACUUGCUGACGAGCUGCUCGGAAAGGAUGAAGUUGUGCGGUUUCCCUAUGCAAUACUUGAAGUUAAGGUUCAGCAGCAACCUCCGCCUGCUUGGGUGCAAUCGAUGCUUUUAUUAGCGGAUGCGACGCUGGUGUACAAAUUUUCUAAAUUCCAGCACGGCAUGGCCUUCCUGCAUCGCGACAAGAUCAGCAGCGGGCUGCUGCCUCACUGGUUGCAGACGCCGCUGUCUGCUCAGCAGCAGAAUCAAGAUGAGCAAAGCUCAGCCAACAAGAAACGCAGCAGCCUUGGAGUGCCAGCGCUAGGUGGCUCACUGUUCGAGUCUCUGCGGAAUAGUCCUGAUAGUCUCCUGACCCCUUUAGCUCGCAGCUUAGCAGACCAGCAUGCGCCAAGGCUUUCACCGUCUGACGCCCUGGGUGUAAAGAAACGAAGCUUGUUUCCCGUUGGCGAAGGCAAGCCAGCGGUUGCAACGGAACCAGACUGGACAGAGCAGCAGUUGCAGCUUCAGCAGGCUCCUCGUCCCAUUUGCCAGGACUCGUCUGCUGAGGGGGAAUUUGAGGAAGAGAGGGCCUCUGGAGUUAUUCUAAGCAGUGCAGACUCCAUGCGACAACGACUGGUGCGCCGCCACAUUCGCACUGUGAGAAAAGUUGACCCGAAAACGUCUUUCGCUGGAGAACGCACCUUCCUCCACUACAUUCAAAAAGGUCUCUAUCUGGCUGGAGCUAGUCUCGCGAGAGUCGCGAAGGCAGGAGUAGCGAACGUUGUGCAGCGUAUAGACUCACGACUAGGACCAGUACUGGCAUUUAUUGCUGCUGGCGUGGCAACAGUGCUCGUACUAGUUUUCCAGAUUGACGUCAACUUACGGAGCGUUUUGCAUCACCAAAGGGCAGACAAUCUCUCUCAUUACAGAGAGAACGUGCAGUCUGCAAGCCAAUGA